AUGCUUUGUUGGAAGUUGAGCAAGAAAGACCAGGAGAAAGAUUGGGAUGGACAUGAUCUCAAUCAUAUAAAUGAAGAAAGAUCUAGCCAAGUUGAAAGUCAAAUUUCAAAGGCAAAGCUGGUACCUCGAAGAGCAAACGAGAAUUCAACAAGUGAAGUGCAACAAAAUCCUCCAACAUAUAGAUACAUUUUCAUGCCCAAACCUGGACUCCGGGUGACAAGUGAUGCACAAUCUAACAACAAUGGUCAUUUCCCUACUGUAGUAAGGUUGGUGCAUCAGAUUGAUUCAACUCAAUCUGGUGCAUCAUGCUUGUGGCUGAAUGCACCUGAAUGA